AUGGAACUGCCAAAUCAUGCCAAACAACUGCUACUGCAGCUGAACCAGCAACGAGCCAAAGGUUUCCUCUGUGACGUUAUCAUUGUGGUAGAAAAUGCCUUGUUCCGUGCCCACAAGAACAUCCUGGCAGCCAGCAGCAUGUAUUUCAAAUCCCUUGUCCUGCAUGACAACCUGAUUAACUUGGACACAGACAUGGUGAACCCCACCGUGUUCCGGCAGAUCUUGGACUUUAUUUAUACUGGGAAGCUCUUAACGACUGACCAGCCCGGUGAACAGAACUUCAAUGCUCUCCUCACCGCAGCAAGCUACCUCCAACUGCACGACCUGGCAGCUCUCUGCAGAAAGAAGCUGAAGCGGAGCGGCAAGUCCUUCGGCAAGGCUGGCGGCCUCGGCAUGGGGAGGUCUGCCAGGAGUCAGAGACUUGCCACUGCUUCGGUCAUCCAAGCUCGCUAUUCAGGGUCAAAUGAGGGGUUGAAGGGCUCGCACUCAAAGGAGCUGUCAAAGGGAAAGCUCUCCGAUGACGAGGUCUUCAUCAGCAGCUCCAACCAAGAGAACUGUCACUCCUUAACCAGGGGAGCCAGUAAGAAUGGUGGUGGGGGCAGCAGUGCAAAUGGGAGUACUGGUGACCAGGAGCUAGGCCUUGACCUGUCCAAAAAAAGCCCCUCGCUCCCCAUGGCAGCCUCCCACGACGACACGCAGCACAGCGAAAGCCAGCACGGCUCUCCCCAAUCUGCCUCAGCCCCCGCAGCCAACAGUGCCUCAUCGUUUGACGAGUCUGGAGUCGGAGCCCCUCACAGCAUGGCGGACAGCAGUGACCCCAUGGAGAUGGACCUGAGUGAGGAGUGCCACCACGCCUUGCUGGAGAGCAGCCAGCGCAAGGGCCUCCGGCAUGCGUCUCGCAGGAAGGAGUGGAUCAAGAAGGGUAAUGCCUUUGACCGGCAGGAAGGUGGUAAGGACAGGGACGACGAAGGGCUGCCCAACGGUAUCCUGCUGGGGUCCUUGUCCAAGUCGAUGGAGCGGAGCCUGGUGGGAGCCUUUGGUGCAGACCUGCCAUACCCGUGUAAGGAGGAGGUGGAAAACGGUAAGGAGAACAGCGAUGACAGUGGGCAGAGUGAGAGCGAGAGCGGUGGCCACACCAGUGCCAACUAUGUCUACCGGCAGGAGGGCUUUGAGCCGGUGGCCUACGGUGACAACCUGUACGUCUGCAUCCCCUGUGGCAAAGGCUUCCCCAGCUCUGAGCAGCUCAACGCCCAUGUGGAGACGCACACUGAGGAAGACCUUUAUAUCAAGGAGGAAGGCACCUACAGUGGCAAGGACGAAGCCGAGGAUUUGUCCAACCCCAAUCAGUCCUAUGCCACCGAGUCCCGGCCCUUCAAAUGCUCGGUGUGCGAGAAGAGCUACAAGGAUCCGGCCACACUGCGGCAGCACGAGAAGACUCACUGGCUGACAAGGCCCUUCCCCUGCAACAUCUGCGGCAAGAUGUUCACGCAGCGGGGCACCAUGACGCGGCACAUGCGCAGCCACCUGGGGCUGAAGCCCUUCGCUUGCGAGGAGUGCGGGAUGCGCUUCACCCGGCAGUACCGACUGACAGAGCAUAUGCGGGUCCACUCAGGAGAAAAACCUUAUGAAUGUCAACUCUGUGGUGGGAAAUUCACCCAGCAGCGCAACCUGAUCAGCCACCUGCGAAUGCAUACCUCUCCCACAUAA